GUCUUUGCGGGGUUACCUUCUUAUCGUUGUUUUAUACAUAAACAGUGUGAGGCUGUUGCUCUUGUGUAAGUCUGUGUGGUGUUAGCUAAUGUCAGCUAGCACAGCAUUCUACACGGGCUCACAACUGUUAUUCUAAGGUUACCCUCAAAAUCAAAAGAGUUGAUCAAAAUGAAUGUGUUCAGAAUGUCUUUGAGCUCGGGUGUGGCGAUAAGAGCAGUGCUGUGCAGAGUACAGCUCAGGAGCAGUCACGCCAGUCCCAGGUCUGCACCUGUUAAAGUUUUAUAUGAUGGGCUUUGUCCCAUAUGUGUGACAGAGAUCCGGUUUCUCCAGUAUCUGCAGAGGAAACAACCUGGCAAAGUGGAUUUUAUCGAUAUCUCUCUCCCAGGAUAUGAUGGAGCAAAGCACAAUGACAUCAGCUACGAGAUGGCCAUGGAGGAAAUGCAUGUUAUAGAUGAGAAAAAUACGGUUCACCGUGGCGUUCCCGCAUUCUAUGUUAUGUACUCUGCAGUGGGACUCGGAUGGUUGGGGCGCCUCCUCAUGUGGCCUCCUGUAAGACCUUUAAUGGAUAAAUUUUAUGACAUAUUUGCCAGAAAUCGCCUAAAGUGGACAGGGCGUGGAGGUGAAUGCACCACUGGACGCUGUGAAAAGAAAACAAACUGAAAUCAAAAAUUUCAGUAGGUACUCCACUGUGGGCUUUAUAUGCACUUUAUUAAC